AUGGCUGGUAAUGUUCCAUCCUUUCCGCUGCUUCAGGCUAGAGGUGAUGUUCAUGCUGGUUGUAGUCGACUGAUUUGGUUGGACAUUGGUACUAGCAUUUUCUUGGUUCGGCUGCUCAUAAUCACACAGUGCAAAGAGUGUGCUCGCUGUAACCUCUGUGACCUCCUCAGGAUCAAUGUCAUCCGGGGUAUGCUGAUCGACUAUGUGCCAUCCCGAUUCACCAUCAGCAGGAAACCAAUAUCCGUCUUCGUCCGGACCUCAACCUUCAGUGAUUAUUCAGAAUGCCUUGUGAAACGAAAGGGUUCAACGAUGGUGAUUUUUGGCCUUGGAGUUGUAAGCCUUGUUGCUAUGGAAGUGGCCAGGAUGGCUAGGGCAUCAAGUAUUAUCAGUGUGGACUUGAACCCCGCAAAAUAUGUACAAGCUAAGAAAUUUGGUUGCACCGUCUUUGUAAACCCAAAGGAUCACAUUUCAAGUUUGCUCCUGGUGCUUGUCGAGAUGACAAAUAGUGGAGGCAACAGAGCUGUGGAUUGCACUUGCCACAUCCACGCCAUGAUAUCUUCCUUUGAAUGCGUCCAUGAUACUAGGGCCGACAUCGAGAUCGGUGCUGAGACUGAGACCGGCAUGGAGACCGGCGCUGAGAUUGAGACCGGUGCCGAGACUAGCGGAGCCGGUAUAGAACCAAAAACAAAGAGGCAAUGA